GGUGCUUGGAUAUUAGAUUACCAUGUUUCCCUUUUUUAAAGCAGCAGGAAGAACAUGAGCUUGGUAACCACAAACAACAGUCAGUGUGAAAGUGAGAGGAUUCACUUCACAACUGUAGAGCUGCAUGCCGUGACUCUGGACAGCUCUCUGCUGCUGCUGAUGGAGCUCUACACAGAAGCACUGGACUAUCUGAAGGCCUAUGGCAUCUCGCCCGUGACUGAAGAUGAGAUUAUGGUUUCUGACUUACUACAGGAUGUGUUCAUUGAGGAGACAGAGUGGGUUUCUCAAAGCUCUUUGCAAACUGAGCCAUGUUUGCCAUCCACUCCAACAACCGAGAGCCCAGAUGACCUGCUUCAGAAGAGAACAGUGGUUCUGAAAGGGGUUCUGAUCAGUGAGGAGAUCUACCUGACAGAGCUCGAGACGCUUCUCACGCCUAUGAAAGCUUUGAGGGCAGCAGCGGGAACCUCUCAACCGGUGUUGUCCACUGAGCAGGUUCAGACUGUGUUUUAUCAAAUCCCUGAGCUCAGAGAUCUGCACAAGGACUUUUACACAAGCCUUCGGGCCAAACUGCAACCUGAUGAAGUGAUGGACCCAGGGUCACAACAAGACCCGGAGAGGGACGAGGCCCCAGUGAUGCAGCUUUGCCACAGGGAGCAUCAUUUUUGUGUGGGAGACCUGUUUCAUAAGUUUGUCAACCAGUUAGGAGUGUAUCGGGGCUUCAUUGACAACUAUGAGAGUGCAGUGGAGAUCGUGCAGAAGUGUAUGCAGUCAGACCAGCGUUUCAGGACGCUUGCAGAGAGUAUGAUGUCCUCCAAAGGAUCAGACAAUGUCAAAACUAAGUACACCUUUGAAGCUCUCCUGUAUAAGCCGUUAGACAGAGUGAUGAAAACCACACUUGUGUUGCACGACUUGUGGAAGCACACGCCCCCCGAUCACCCCGACAGCAUCACGCUGCAGGAAGCGCUUCGUCUCUCCAGCAGCUUCCUCUCUGGGGUCAAUGAACGGUCGCAGUGCAAACGUUCUGUCAAGCUCAGCAGAGGAGAGAGACGUCAGCUGAUGCGAGAUGGGUUUGUGGUAGACGUGUGUGAGAACGGGCACAACCUGAGACACCUCUUCCUGUACACAGACAUGCUGCUAUGUGCCAGACUGACAAGUGCAGGGAGGCAGGCACAGUACAGGUUUUGCUGGUACUUGCCAUUGGUUGGCCUGAAGCUGCACUGGGCAGCUGAACAUCUGCCCUCAUCAGAAUACCAAGUGAAAAUCAGUAAAACCAGAGCCAAAAUGUACCAGCUCAAACAAGCACUCCAGCAACACACGAAAGGAGGCAAGGUGCCAAUUUCUCGUGCUGUUGAUCGCUUGAGGCGCAAACUUGAAGAGUGUGAGAUCUGGCUCCUAACAAACACGCCAUCUUUUACUUUAGACCUACAUAGCACCAGUGGAAAGAGUCACACUAUCCGACUGUUUUCUUUGUAUGACCUGAUUGAGUGGAAAGAAGCCAUUGAGAAACAGAGUGGAAACUGUAUCGAGACAGUUCCUCCAGACCUGCUGUCUGUUACCGGUUCCUGUAUCAAACUCAGAAUGACUCAACAACCUCCCCUUCACUGCGUUCAGUCCAAUGAAAGUGCACAUAUAUGUGGGAGCUUAUAUGUGAUGGUUCAGUCGGCGUGUGGUCUGCAAAACCCGAGCAGUGCAUAUGUGUGUGUGGAGGUAGACGGCUUUGAGUUUUACGACAGACGAAAACAAACCUGCCUUUCAGCCUUCUGUGUUACACCACAAUGGGAUGAGGAGCUUGUGUUUCAAGUGGAGGGAGCACGGCAGCUGUUCAUGGUAUUUGUGUCUCAGUAUGAGAACGUUUACAGGCAAGAGAGUGUGCUGGUCCCUCACAUUGUCCGUUCAUGUGUGGAGGAGAUUGAGAGGAGGGGUCUGAAAGAAGAGGGGAUCUACAGAAUCUCAGGAGCCAGCACCGAGAUACAAGCACUAAAACAUGCAUUCAACACUAAUUACCGUGAGGCUGUGAGUAAACUGAGGACUGUAGAUGUGAAUGCUGUAUCAGGCACUCUGAAACUGUACUUUAGAGAACUUCCUUUACCUCUUAUUCCCUCGGAGCGAUUCAAGGAGCUCGCAGAUGCACUAGACAUUGCCGAUCCAUAUCUCAGGGCCGACAGCAUGCUGACUCUGUUGCAGGCUCUACCAGAUGUAAACCGCAACACUCUCCUCUUCCUCUUACAUCACCUGAGACGUGUUGCAGAGAGGAAGGGAGAGAAUAAAAUGUCUCUGAGUAAUUUGGCCACAGUGUUUGGCCCCAGCCUUUUGCGCCCUCCAGUGGCUCGUGUCGACAUAUCUCAAGAAGUGGAGGUUCAGGUUCAGGUGAUUUUUCUCUAUCUGCAGUAUCAGAACCUUCCAGAAGCUCUUCUCACAAAACAUCAGGACAUUGAUGAUCUAGAGACAUGAGCCUUCAACAACCAGACUCCUUUUCUGUCUGCGUAUCCAUGGUCAUAUCUGUACAUUU